GUUGCCUCUAUGAUAGUAUAUCAUCUCAUCUUCUGUGGCUCAUCCUCUGUCCCGUUCUAGACGUUCAAGUCUUCUGGUUGGCAGUCUGAUCACGUUCCAUUGCUCCGAAUGGAUGCUGUAUUAUUAAUAGCUUGUGCCCAGCUCCGUUUGCUCUUGUUCUAUUCCUUUGGUUGAAAGUAAUUGUCCGUUGUUACCCCAUGUCUCUGACAACCCAGCCCAACUCAUCAAUAUCCAUUCACCAUGGACACCUCAUUCUCACCUAUUCCUGCCGGUCCUGCCAUGAAUCCACCCUCCGAAGUUUCUUACUCCUCUGAAGCCUCUUGUGCCUCAACUCGAACCACUUCUUCAGCUACCUCCUUGCAACCAUCUUCUCCUCUUGCUGAUCUCCAGCAAUUCACGACUACGAGUAUAGAGACCGCCAGCAACGACCUGCCUGAUCCUAAGCCGAAUAUGGAGCGUAACGCAUUCGAGUCGGUCAAUAUGCGUCGCGGCAAGCUUGUUGCUGAGCGUGGUAACGAGAUAUGUACUACCACUAACGCUUCUCAGUUCCAGCGAUCACUUCAGCAGCCUCAAGCUUCACGAACGGGCGGUUCCAUUUGUUCUCAGGCUUCACGAAGCCUUACUUCUAAUAACUGGCGAACACAGCAUUUGAUUGAGAACGCAUAUGGUCCCUUCGAACCUGCUGGCAGUAGUCUAAAUGUUCAAGCUAGUCGUGGUAUUAGUUCCUAUCCCGUCAGACCUCCAUCUAGAAUGGAACAACAUGCUCCUCUGAUGGCAUACCCCAAUAUGGCUACCUUUUCCGAUACCCAGCUUGAUUCGAGCUAUGCAUACUGCUUCGAUCGUGGUAAUGGCCAGUACACGCGACUCAUCCCGGCCGACAUGUUGCCUCCCCUUCAGAACAUCCCAGCUCUACAGCAAGGCUGCCAAGGCAUGAUUGUGAUGCCUAUGCCUCGUGAUUUCCUGUCAAACGGCCGGCCCAGCAGCACCGAGCCAGUCACAUUGAAAACUUCCCCUGUCACCUCUACAGCCCCUGCGGAUAAUAUCCAGGUGAGUCUGUCUUUGCGUCAACGAGCUCCGAUCGGCAUGAAUAAGGCAUCUUCAAAUCCAGGCAAUUGUUCAGACUUACCUAUCCAUCCCGCUUCUCUAACAUCUUCAUCUGCAAUCACUGCUGCUGCUGCCCCUUCCAACUACAACCCUCUUAAUCCCUUUCAAAGGAAGUUGUCUGCAAGCCUUGCGGCUAAUGCGCCAUCUUUCACCCCAACACAGUCCCGAAUCGAUACUAUCGUCGCAUCGAUACCGUCUACUCCGACACCACACAGCCAUCACGGUUUGACAGGGUCUUCAUUGGCCAAUAACUCCAAACAAGGCACAUCAUUGUUACCAUGCAGCGCUCAACACCACCAACACCAGCGUCGACCCAAGAUCUACUGCGAUAAAUGGGUUCACGAGGGUGUCUGUGCUUUCACUCAGCAAGGAUGCAAGUACAAGCACGAGAUGCCAUUCGACAAGGUCACGCAACACCAACUAGGUCUUUUCCAUGGUCUUCCAGCUUGGUGGAAGAAGCAGCAGGCGGAAAUCGCAAGACAACGAGAUGUACCUCAGAGUACAAGCACCGAAGGUCUUGCCGAAGGCAACACUUCUGGUGUCCAAAGUGGACUGGCGAUGGGAGAAAGUAUUGGUUUCGGCGUCAAUGGACAACCGAGCAACGUCUUUGGUAAUGCCAGCCGCGAAAAUUUUGGUAGUUCUACCACAAUUGGUCUGGGUUGGAAGCAGCAGAGUGAUCAGGAGCUGGACAAAAACAACGACAACAAUGACCAGGUGCAGGACAGGAUAAGCUUGAGCUCUGGUAACAUCACAACCGUUCAUGUUAGUGCACAUGAUGGUUGCCCGAGUUUCCGCUCUUCUAUCUGGAAUCCUUCUCCGUUCGGCCCCAUAGCGCCUCCUCAGCGCACCGUAAUCCGACCUUCUCUUCCUCCACUCGGUCCUCCACCAAGCCUGAUGACCGGACAAGCUACCGUCAACACCAAGAACCCAUAUGCCUCUCUUGAUACUAUAGACUGUGGCAAGUCCGAGACUCCUCCCAACAGUGCUCGACUUGACUGA